AUGGCUGAACACAAUAGCACCGCUGUCGUCGUCGUCGUGCACGAUGUCCUCGGCACGCUCUUUUCCCUGUCGUCGCCCAUCAAGGCGCUCCAGUCGAUCUUUGGGCCUCAGCUGCAGGACUACCCCCCCAAUUUCGCCGAGCUGAUCGUCAUGGACUGGUACCACGAAGCCCAGCGAGACUUUGCCACGCUGUCCAUCAAUGGCCGCUACAGGCCGAUCGCCGACGUGUUCAAAUCGGCGCUGCCCCGCGUGCUCCUCCAGGCCGGCCUGGCCCCUCCCGCGUCGUUUGCCUCGUCGGUUCUUCCCCCCGGCACCUUUGCCUCGGCCGACGGCGCGACAGACCCGUUCGCGGGCGACGCCGUGGUGGACAAGAUGAUGGCCUCGCUCCAGGCCCUCGAGCCGCGGCCAGGCAUGGUCGAUGCCUUUGCCUCCAUCUACGCGAGCAGGCCCGGCCUGCAGAUCUGGGGCGCCACCAAUGGCUCCCUGGACCUGACCAAGAAGCUGUUUGGCAAUGCACUGGGCAGCGACGUCCGGCUUGUCUCGUCCAAAGAAGAGCUCGAAGCUGCACAAGGGCAAGGGCAAGGGCAAGGGCAAGGGCAGGGGCACGGACGCGGACGAGCGGUGGGCCUCUACUCGUGUGACGAAGACCAGGUGGCCAAGCCGGACCCGCGUGUCUACAAGACGGUCCUCGGCCGCAUCGUCGACGCGAGAAGCAAGCCAUCGAGCGCGACGUCGACCUGGUUCGUCGCAAGCCACACCUGGGACCUCUUUGCGGCCCGCACCGCCGGCUUCCAGCACACGGCGUGGGUCUCUUACGAGGAAUUCUACGACUCGCACGGCAUCUACGGCACGCCCGACAUUGUGGGCAAGGACAUGGCCGAAGUUGCGCAAAAGAUCCUCGACUUUGAGGAUGGCAAGAAGGAUCCGAAAUAG